AUGUCCUACUACGAUGACGAGCGUCCCCGUCGACACCGGUCGACCCGAGAGCGACGAACGCGCGAUGACUACGAUGCGGAUCCAUACUAUAAGAGCGGUGGUGGAGCCCGAGAUACCAGCUUAGUAAGAAGGCCGCGCAACGACAGCUUCUCUUCCGUUGAAGAGCUCCGGCGAGAUUUCCCUCCAGCUGCUGGCUAUCCACGAAAAUCCGCUGCGCGUGAGGGAAGAAGAGCUCGGUCUGACGGUGGGCGUGAUAAAUAUGACGAUCCAUAUGAUGACCGCUCAUUUCACCAUGACGACUAUGCAUCAUCCAAGCGUGGCAGCAAAGGCUAUGAUGAUAAACGUCGUCCUCGCCGCCGUGACUCGUACUCCGACUCGUCCACGAGCCGCUCUCCACCAAGACGUCGCAAAUCCAUGGGCGAGCAAGCACUUGCAGCUCUGGGUCUUGGAGGCGUUGCAGCUGCAGCUGCAGCGACAGGCAAGGCGAGGGAUCAUAGUCGAAGUCGUCGUCACCGAGACCGAUCCUCUUCCUCUUCCUCUCGCUCUCGUUCCAAGCGGAGCGGCGGCAUGCCAAGAAAUAAAGAAGAGAUUGCCCAAGCCUUGAAGGCUGCUGUCACCGCAGGUGCUGCAGAAGCUUUUCGCUCACGCAAGCAGCCUGGAGGCUGGGGAGGUGACAAGGGCAAACGGGUCCUCACUGCUGCGAUCAGCGCUGGUGGUGUCGACAAGCUGAUCGAUCGUGAUCCUAACAAACAUGGAACAAGAAAUGUUCUAGGCUCCGCUCUCGCAGGUCUUGCCACCAAUCGUCUUGUCAAUGGAUCUCGCUCCCGCUCCCGCUCUAGAGGCCGAGGCCAUCGUGGCCGAGCCCGCAGUGAAAGCCGUGGCGGCUUGAAAGAUUUAGCUUCAGCGGGGCUGGUCACUGCCGCUGGGAAGUCAAUUUAUGACAGAUUCCGCUCAAAGUCUCGUGGUCGUCGCUCUAGCAGCUCGUCGUACGACAGCUAUGAUAGCCGCAGCCCUCGUCGCAGACGUGACAAGAAGAAGCGAAGCAGCAGUAUCUCGGCUUAUGCAAGCAAGGGACUGGCCGCGCUUGGUCUAGGAGAAGCAGCGGACAAGCUCAACGGUAGGGACAAGCAUCGCUCAUCAACAUUCAGCGAUGAUGACUACUAUCAUCGUGCAAGCCGCAAUGGUGCACCGCCACCAUAUGGAGGAGGAGGUGGGUACUCGGAUCCAAGAGAAGUAGGUCAACCCCGGUCCGGUGAGAAUCAUAGUCAUAACAAUGGUGCCAUGGUACACCGAACCCCAGGCGAUGUUGAUCUUGGUCCCCAUCGCUUUGGCGAUCCAGAGACAGACAGUGAUUCUGACCUCGGAGACAGUUCCGAAGAUGAACGCGCGCGGAGAAAGGCGCGGGCUAGCCAGCUGAUCACGGCUGGACUGGCCAGCGUCGCCACAAUCCAUGCUGCCCACAACGUCUACACCAGCAUGGAGAAGCGAGACGAGCGACACGAAGCCCUGGCCAAGGGCGACAUCUCGCCCGCACAAGCCCGCAGAGAAAAAAACAAAACCAGAUUGCAAGAUGCAGUUAGUAUCAGUAUUGCGGCGUUGGGCGUCAAGGGCGCCGUGAGCGAGUGGAAGGACAUGAAGGAGAAGGGGCAGAAGGCCUUGGAGCUCAAGCAGAAACAGGAACGGCAUCGCCAGAAACGGGAGGCAAGGAGAAUGAAAAUGCAAUCCAUGGGCAUGCAGCAUCGGUAUACCGGCAGUGCGCCGACCUUGUCGUCAUCUCAUGCAAACACAAACGACACCGGCUAUGGCUCUGGAGCCGGUUGGCCCACCUAUCUCGACGAUAACCCUUACAGCACCGGUCAUCUUCCUCCUCAAGCCCCGUAUCCCCCCACGCACGCUGCUUCACCACCUCUUUAUCCCCCGUACGUUUCUUCUCCCAUCCCACCGCCGCCGGGUCCGCCUCCAGCUCGAUAUUGA